UCAGGCCUCAGGCUGCCUGCCCACCUGGCCUCUGCACCAGUCUGCCUCUCCCGCUGGCCACUCCUCUCAGUCCUGCAGCCUGGGCUGUGUCCUCAUCCCCACGGGGCUGGCCAGGGGCCGGGCCGGACACCGGGACCCGCCCUCCCAUCCCUGGGCACCCCGCCUUCCUCAUUUUGCUGCUGAUUCUAGCCCCAAACAAAAUAAGUUGAGUCCUCUUCCUCCCGCAGCAGCGCGUCCCUGGCUUGCAGCUGCCUUCUGAGGCACUGCAGACGGCGCCGGCCAGGGAGGGGGGGCCUGGGCCAGCCCUGCCGGGUCUGGGACGGUGCGCCUGGCUCCUGGCCCUGUUCAGCCCUGCCUGUGGCAGGAGAGUGAGCUUUGCCGUGGCAGACGCCUGAGGAUGAUGCCCCAGCUUCAGUUCAGAGAUGCCUUUUGGUAGAGAUAAAUAUUAAUAAACAUACCAACUGAAUGGAAGGAUUAAACAAGGCGAUCUAACGUCAUCAAGUCCUGGCAACUUGCUGGCAUGCCAAAUGUGCAGGGACUUCACGGCCCACACGGGCUACGAGGUGCUGCUGCAGCGGCUGCUGGACGGCAGGAAGAUGUGCAAGGACGUGGAGGAGCUGCUGCGGCAGAGGGCCCAAGCGGAGGAGCGGUACGGGAAGGACCUGGUGCAGAUCGCCCGGAAGGCUGGCGGCCAGACGGAGAUCAACUCCCUGAGGGCCUCCUUUGACUCCCUGAAGCAGCAAAUGGAGAAUGUGGGCAGCUCCCACAUCCAGCUGGCCCUGGCCCUGCGCGAGGAGCUGCGGAGCCUUGAGGAGUUCCGCGAGAGGCAGAAGGAGCAGAGGAAGAAGUACGAGGCCGUCAUGGACCGUGUCCAGAAGAGCAAGCUGUCACUCUACAAGAAGACCAUGGAGUCCAAGAAGACAUAUGAGCAGAAGUGCCGGGACGCGGACGAUGCCGAGCAGGCCUUCGAGCGCAUUAGUGCCAAUGGCCAGCAGAAGCAGGUGGAGAAGAGCCAGAACAAAGCCAAGCAGUGCAAGGACUCGGCCACGGAGGCAGAGCGGGUGUACAGGCAGAACAUCGAGCAGCUGGAGAAGGUGCGGGGCGAGUGGGAGCAGGAGCACCGGACCACCUGUGAGGCCUUCCAGCUGCAGGAGUUUGACCGGCUGACCAUCCUCCGCAACGCCCUGUGGGUGCACUGCAACCAGCUCUCCAUGCAGUGCGUCAAGGACGAUGAGCUCUACGAGGAGGUGCGGGUGACGCUGGAAGGCUGCAGUGUGGACGCCGACAUUGACAGCUUCAUCCAGGCCAAGAGCACGGGCACCGAGCCCCCGGCUCCAGUGCCCUACCAGAACUACUACGAUCGGGAGGUGGCCCCGGCAUCCAGCAGCCCUGGCGUCCAGCCGUCCUGCGGCAUGAUAAAGAGGUUCUCCGGGCUGCUGCAUGGAAGUCCCAAGACCCCGUCAUUGUCAGCAUCUGCGGAGACCCCAACCCCCACCCCCAAUCGGAACGAGGGUGUCUACGCCACCAUCGCAGUGCAGGAGGCACCAGGACCCCCCACCCUGCCAGCCCAGGACUACAGGGCGCUCUAUGACUACACGGCCCAGAAUUCCGACGAGCUGGAUAUCUCUGCGGGGGACAUCCUGGAGGUCAUCCUGGAAGGGGAGGAUGGCUGGUGGACAGUGGAACGGAAUGGGCAGCGUGGCUUCGUCCCUGGUUCCUACCUGGAGAAGCUCUGAGGAAGGGGCAGCAGCCCCCACCUGGACCUGCCCCGCUCAUGGGGCCAGCAGCGCCCCCAUCACUGCCCUGGCCCUGCUGGGGCUCCGAGACCGACCUACCCCUCCAGGACAGCCGCUGGCCACUCCCCGGCAGUCUCUCCCAGAGAAUAAAGGAGUGCAUUUUUCUCAUC